GUAAUGCUGCAUGCCUGGCUUUUUGACAUUUGACAGAAAUGGCGCACAUGUUUUCUGUUUUGUAUACAAAUGAUAAUUUUUUAGUAUUUGAUUUAAAAAAUGUCUCUUAUCAAGUUAUUUAAUUUACAAAGUGUUGGUCUUUUGAGCAAAAAAGUGUUGAACUUAAGUGUGCAUACCAGGAAAUUCAAUGACGUUCCGUUUGAAGACAUUCCAGAAGUGUCCUCAACCUUGAUAAAAAGGGUUCUCAAUAAAACAAAAAUAAGUUUCAAUGAGGGUUUUACGUGCUUUAUAAUUGCGUGUCCGUUUUGUACGAAACGAGCAAAAAGCAAUAUUCACAAGUUAUACAUUAAUAAAACCACAGGAAUGUUUAUGUGUUCAUCGUGUAAGUUCACUGGACAGUGGAAUUUCCUAGACCAUCAUUUUAAUUCAAAAAAGGAGAAAAGUAAAAAGGUUCAAGAAAUUUGUAACGUGAUGGAUCAUCAAGAGAAAUUAGCAGAAUCUUUAAAACAAGUCAGGGAAUCGAGUGAUUUACUGGUUAAUAGCGAUAAGUUUGAAAAGAUCCUUAAUAAGUUUAAGCUCCCAAAAAUUUCAAGUGAAUCUAUUAAAAACCUAGAUGUAAGGAUAGAUAAGCCACUACAGAAUCUCUUUUUUCCGUUAGAAAACGUUGAGUGUGAAACAGUGGGGUACAGGAAAAUUAAUUACCAAAACGGGGAUGAUCUGAUAAUUCCUCACAUAAUGUAUGGGGGUUUAAUUGUGGGGAAAGCAUUAAAAAAUAGGGAAGCUGCCAUAUUAGUACCAAAUAUAUCCGAUUUUUUAAUUCUUUUGGAUUCCAAAAUAACUCUAAACGUCGUUUGUUUGCCAAAUGGCGUAAACAGUUUAUCUCAGUAUGUUUUACCAACUUUGGAAAGAUUCCAAAAACUCAUUCUUUGGUUUGGUAACGAUUUAAAAUCAUGGGACUCUGCAAGGCAUUUUGCAAAAAAAUUGGGCGAAAGGAGGUGCUUUUUUGUCAGACCAAACGAAAAACAACUAUUGCCACACCUUGUUGAAGGCCAGGACUUCAAAUCAAUUGUUAAUUCAGCUCAGCCUAUAUGGCACAAGUCUAUAACAAACUUUGCCAAUUUGAGGAAAGAUGUUUUCUCUGAUUUGCAAAACAUUGAUAAGAUUGAGGGAGUAAAGUGGAAGCGGUUUCCCGCUUUGAAUAAAAUACUGCGGGGACACCGCAGGGGCGAACUGACUGUGAUAACCGGACCUACAGGUUGUGGUAAAACGACUUUCAUAAGCGAAUAUUCCCUAGAUUUGGCAAUGCAAGGUGUGAAUACGUUGUGGGGCAGCUUUGAGAUACGCAAUGUUCGUUUAGCUAGGACGAUGUUGCAGCAGUUUGCUGGGUUUCCUCUUGAUGAAAAUUUGUCCCAAUUUGACUCUUUGGCCGACAAAUUUGAGCUUUUGCCCAUAUAUUUUAUGACCUUUCAUGGCCAACAAACGAUAAAAGUUGUGAUGGACGCGGUGGAACAUGCUACCUAUGUGCAUGAUAUCGCCCAUGUUAUUAUUGAUAAUGUCCAGUUCAUGAUGGGAAUCACUGAAGAUUCAAGACAUAUGGACCGGUUUUGGACGCAGGAUGUUAUAAUUGCGGCUUUUCGCAGCUUCGCUACCAGAAAAAAUUGCCACGUUACGUUGGUAAUCCAUCCCAGGAAAGAAAGGGAUGAGGAGAAUCUCACCACAAAUUCCAUUUUUGGAGGCGCCAAAGCGUCACAAGAAGCCGAUAAUGUGUUUAUCAUCCAAGAUAAAAGACUGACGUCCACAAGAGGCAAAAAAUACUUACAAAUUUGUAAAAACAGAUACAGUGGUGAUUUAGGUGUGAUGCCUUUGGAUUUCGAUAAGGCAGGUUUAAGCUACGCAUCAAAGAAAAAAGUCAAAAGUACUGACAAUAUCGAAGAAACUACAAAUUGAUUUUUGUAAUAAAUCAUUUCGUAAAGAA